UGCCUGCCAGAGAGGGGAGUCGAGAGCUCUGCUGGGAACUACAUGGUGCUCAAUUUUUCAAGAUGUCGUCGCUGGAACAGAGGCUGUCGCGAAUCGAGGAGAAACUAAAGCAGGAAAAUGAAGAAGCUCGCCGGAGAAUCGACCUCAACAUCGACAUGAGUCCACAGCGAUCACGUCCGAGGCCGAUCAUCGUGAUCCAGCUCAGUCCUGCUCCAGCCCCUUCCCAGCGUGCAGCGCUCCAGCUGCCACUGGCCAACGAUGGAGGCAGCCGUUCAUCGUCUUCAGAGAGUUCGCCUCAGCACCACCCAUACCCCAGCCGCCCGCGACACAUGCUCACCCUGCCCACACCCCCGUACGGCCUACAGAAGAGUCUAGAGAAUGCAGAGAUUGAUCAGAAAUUGCAGGAGAUCAUGAAACAGACGGGUUAUCUGAAGAUCGACGGUCAGCGGUAUCCAGCGGAGGUGACAGACCUUAUCAGUGAGGGGGAGAUCGGCAGCGGGACCUGUGGACAGGUCUUCAAAGUACGAUUCAAGAAGACGGGCCAUGUCAUCGCUGUCAAACAAAUGCGUCGUACAGGAAACAAGGAUGAGAAUAAGAGGAUUCUGAUGGACCUGGACGUGGUGCUGAAAAGUCAUGACUGCCCUUACAUCAUCCAGUGCUACGGCGCCAUAGUUACCAACACGGAUGUAUUCAUUGCAAUGGAGCUGAUGGGAACGUGUGCGGAGAAGCUGAAGAAGAGAAUCCAGGGCCCCAUCCCAGAGCGAAUCCUAGGAAAGAUGACAGUGGCAAUAGUGAAAGCGUUGCUGUACCUAAAAGAGAAACACGGUGUCAUCCACCGGGACGUCAAACCCUCCAACAUCCUCCUGGACGCUAAAGGUCAGAUUAAACUGUGUGAUUUCGGCAUCAGUGGACGCCUCGUUGACUCGAAGGCCAAGACUCGCAGUGCCGGCUGUGCUGCCUACAUGGCGCCUGAGAGAAUAGACCCUCCAGAUCCCACCAAACCCGACUAUGACAUCCGAGCAGACGUGUGGAGCCUCGGCAUCUCUCUGGUGGAGCUGGCCACGGGACAGUUUCCCUACAAGAACUGCAAGACAGACUUUGAGGUUCUGACCAAAGUGCUGCAGGAAGAUCCUCCUCUGCUGCCUCUCAGCAUGGGCUUCUCCCUCGACUUCCAGUCCUUCGUCAAAGACUGCCUCACAAAGGAUCACAGAAAAAGGCCAAAAUACCACGUGCUGCUGGAGCAUAGUUUCAUCCGACGUUACGAGGUUCUGGAGGUUGACGUGGCCGGUUGGUUUCAGGCGGUGAUGGAUCGCACCGAGUCGCCUCGCAGCAGCCAGUGUUACAGCCAUCAGCACCAGCUCCACUCGCUCUUCAGUAGGUAGCCUAGCCCUCCUGGCCUUAGCUUAGCUACACGCUAGUCUAGCCUAGCUUUAGCUUUGCCAAGCCCAGACUCAGUCUGUCCUAGUCUAGCCCAGCGUCAGCAGCUAAGCCCUAGCGUUAUACCCAGCCCACCUGUCCAUCUGUCCACCGGAGAACCUGAAGAGGAAGAGGGAGAGACGGAGACUCGAUGGAGGACUCUGGAUCGACAGAUGGAGUGAUGGCCGGGAGAGAUGGACUGAUGGAUGGAUAGACGACACAGGUGGUUCUCCUUAUGAUUGCGUCGAAUCUGGACAGGCAGACAUGGGGAGGAGGGAGCAGAAAAGAGUUCACACUGUAGUUUCGUUUACACUCUGGUACUUCUCGUUAAACUGUCAUAUGACGUCACAUCACAGUGUGUCUAACAGCCACACACAAAAACCGUGUGUGUGUCUUUUAUGUGUCUCUACAUUUCCUCCACUUUUCAUUAGUUUUUCACCUACAUGUCUGUCUCCAGCAUUGAUCCUAACCAUUGGAUUAGUCAACAGAGUAGUCACUACACACUGGAACAAAGCAUCUGCUACAUUAGCAAUCAUGAAUCGCUCUUGUACAUAAACGUUAUGGAGGACACAGCAAUGUCCGGUGCAAUUAUGAUUCUUCAGGUGUUUCUACUAUCACACAUUCUCAGGCUGUAUCUAUGUGUGUGUGUGAGUGUGAGUAAGCUUUUCCAUGUGUGUUUGUGUGUGUGUGUGGAUGAAUAUCAAGACACAGUCACUGGUUGUUUUUAUAAGUGAGAUUAUAUUUCCUAGUCAUUUAUUCACCUUCACACUACAGCUCUAACACACAAACAAGAACAAAUGAAUCUGUUGGCUCAUUUUUAACAUGUUAGAAUAGUAGUUCUAAUUAACAUUGCUAUGAAAUAUGUUUCCAUCAUUGUAUUUAGCAGCUGCAUAAUUGGAAAAACAACAAGGAAAAAAAUUACAAAAAAAUUAGUGUUGCAUUCUAGCUUUGUAGAGAAGGAGUUGUGUAUGUUUUUUGUGUAUUCAGAAUGAGUUAGUGGAGAGUUAAGAGAUACGGAGGGAUACUAAGAAGAGAAAAGAUGAGUUAGAAACAAGAAGUGUCCGACUCUUUCUAGAAGUGAGGGAGGAAAAAACAGAAAGUAGAAGCUGGGAGUCGUGCGCUCGUUGGUGAGAAUUUUGGAAGACUGAAUAACUGUUAGUGUAGUGUGAGAAACAGAGGAGAGAGGUUGGAGGUAAAAAUGGGAGCAGAGUGCUUUUUGAGUGAGAAGGCUAAGAACGGGAGCUUAUCUUGUACAAAGAAUAGAAAUGGAGUAGAUCUUUUUACCUGUGGAGCAUUUCUUUACUUCACUCUCUGUCUACCUCUUCCUCUUUGUCCACCUCUCUGUCUCCCUCUGCUGUUUAGUGUGAUGUAGUGCUCCACAGUGUUUCCAGACCAAAGGCUGCGUGUAGGAUGUUGCUGGUGGGGGCCAAGAGAUAAUAGACCCGCUCCUGUGAAAUUUCAGACUUUAAGGAAACAUACACACAAAUCUUGAUAAAGCAUGUUCUGGUGUUUUUAGGACCUAGAGCAGGGGUUUCAAAUAACCAGCCCAGGGCUCACCCACAUUAAGAAAUGAUUUCUUUUGGGUCUGUGUGUGUUUUGUUUGUCCCCCACAACAAACACUCCAAAACCUAAUGAUACUCAUUUUGCUAUCAUUUAAGAGAGAGAAAAGCAGGAAAACUUCACAUAUGAGAUGGUAAAACCCAUGAAUUUUUGGCAUUUUUGCUUGAAAAAUUAUUUAAACAAUUGUUGCAAUUCCUUUUCUCUUGAUCAACUAAAUCGAUUGCUCAAGUAAUAACACCUACCUACUAUUAGCUGACAGUUUCAAGACACCUAGACAAUUGGCUCAUUCUUCGUGAGGUUUAAUGUGACUCUUUCCUGUCACUAUCUGUAAGGACAAAGCUGCUGUUCUCCUUGUAUACAGUCUGCAGCAGCGUCGCUCCACUAACCAUGUAGAGCAGUGUCAUAGACAUGAGUUUGUACAGCCGAAAUCUGUAAUGCUAUGCUGCCCCACCAGGAGAGAACUACCUGACCAGUGGCCCCCAGGUAAUUUGACUUUUGAGACCCCUGAUCUAGAGGAUUGGUAAGAUGAAAGUGAGUGUAUGUGUGACACCUGAACUGGUUAACAUGUUUAAAACUGCAAUGUAUAGAUGUACUUUAUGUGCGCAGGUCUACAAACUGACUAGGUUCACAGCCAAAGCCUGCUAGAUGUGCAGAUUCAAACCUCCCACGCCCCGUCACGCACCGAACCAAAUCACUGCUAGACACAGAGACCUGAGGAGCGGCAUCGAAUGAGACAGGAAACGGUAAAGUGUUAGGAGAGUGAGCGAGAGAUCCAGGAUUGUUGUCAAGGUGGCAGAAAAGAUGAGUGGAAAUUAAAUGACAGGAAAAAGAGGACGGGACGAAGUGAGGUGAGAAUGAAGACAGGGAGUAUUAAGAAAGUGGGAUGGGAAGUUAAAGAAAAGUCAGAGACAGUUGGGUGACAGGAAGUUAGAGUUUGAAAAAGGAGAGAGGAAACAGGAAAGGAAAACAUCAGCCCAAGAUUCACAGGGCUGCUGAGCUCUGAGGCUAGCUGGUUAUUGUAAAAAGCUUUCAUGGUGUUAAACCAACCUACCAAUUAUGAUUUUAGCGAGUGAGUUGGCGUGUUGUGUUUAUGAUGUUUAUGUUCUGUUCAAACUAUGUUAUUUAUUACAUUGCUACUGCUGCUACUUUUUAUUGCUUUAGACGCUGCUGUCACUUCUUUUCCCCAAAGGACAAAUACUUUAUUCUUUUUCUUUUAAGCCAAAUAAAUGAAAUAAUGCAAUGUCUACACAUGUUACCAAAUACUGAAGAGCAAGUGUGAAGAGGGCAAAAGCAAGUGAGAGGUGGCAUGAAGGAUUAGAAGAGAAAGUGCAGGGAGGUUGGCUUCACAUACUAACUCACACAAAAUAUAAACACACACCUCACCUCAAAUGUAGCUCUAUGUGUAAUGGAAGUAGGUAAUCAUUUAUAUCCCAUCGUCACACUACAACUCUGUACAGUGUAGAUAUGAUCAGAGGGGGUGUCUGUCUGUCCAGAUGCUUUUUGUCACAUCCAUUCUUUACUCUGUCCAUCCAUCACUUCGUCUGUCCACAGGUCGCCUGCAAGCUUGACAACCUUGACAGUUCACACCAAAGGUGUCCACAACUCAACAAAAAUACGAGAGCGUUGUUGUUGUUGUUAUGACUAUUGUUAUUGACAUUAUAAUUGGUUACUCUGAGCUAUGAUAUAUAUAAAAUCUCUCUAUAGCUAGUGGCAGAGGGUGUGUGUGUGGGGGCGGGCGGGGGGGGGGGGGGGGGCGCUGUAGUAUAGCAGUGCCAUGCGUGUGUCAUAUACUGUACAGGGGGAGACUGGUGCACUACUACAUCACAAGGGCCAAGCAAUAAAACCAGCUUAUCUUUCUGCUCAGUGAAUCAAACUCGCCACCGGCCUGUGUCAGGAAGUGACUUCAGCUUAGCCUGACUCUCUUUGGGCUACUUCGCUUCACUCGUCUAUCCUGGAAGACUGGUAUCACUCAGCUGGUUAUCAACUGGCUCUGUUAGCUCUGGGUUUACUAAUCCAGCCAAUCCAGAAAGAGGCAGAAGGGAUUUUAGAGUUAAUCUAAUCAAUUGUAGAAACAGCAAGCGGCUAUCAAUUUCAUCACACAACUAGAGCAGAGUAAGGAAAAGGCUAAAAGGAAAGUUAGUAGUAAUUAUAUAGCUGUUUUGAGAGGGUCACUCCUGACAUUUAGUAUUGCUAAAUGUCAGGAGUAAUAGCUCUGAUAGCUAGCUGAUAGUUACCAUGGUGAUCUCUACCCCAGUUAAAAGUGAGCCAGCUCAGUGAUGCCAGAAAAUCUGCCCAAAGAUAGCUCCUGUCGCUUCAUGAUACAAGCCCCUGAGCAGAUGAGAGUUGGCACAACUCCGUUAGCUCAGCCUUUGUCGGGUUUUAAUCUCAAGACCAGGAUAUGACCUGGACCUGAUUUCAAGCCACGGUUUACCUUCGGCAGGGAACAGGGUAGUCCUGCUGUUGUAAACUCUUCAUAACAGGAUUCAGGGCUGAUCAUGAUCUGACUGCUCAGCCUCCCUGCUCAAACUGUUGUAUAUAAUCCUGAAUCUGGUGCUUAGCAUCCUUCAGCUGUGCUGCGCUGCCAGCACAGUCUGAGGUGUAUCAUUGGUGCAGUUUCAAAUAUAAUCACUCUAGGAGAUGGUGCGACCCUCUCUCACUACAACGUUCACUGUUCAUACUCUUGUUUCUGUGUCUCGGCUAACUCGUCUCCAAACGCAAAGCUGGACCCAGUCUCCCACUGUCGAGGUUCUCUGUUAUAAAGCUGAUGUUGUAUUUUACAAACGCACGCACACACUCGCUCGGCUGUUAGUGUGCAUUUCCAUCCAAACACCUGACUGGAUGAUGGUGCCACGCUAUACCUCUGUGAAACCAAUCAGUCAGGUCAGGCCAGGUGUGCAUCUGACUCUGUGUGUGUGAGGUAACAAAAUGUCUGAUUACCAAUCUACACACACACACACACACACACACACAGACAGAUACCCACCAAAUGUAUAAAGUAAUCCCAUUCUGCACAGCAAUGCUGGCUACUGCCAAUAGUGGCUUUAUGUGUAUAUUAGCUUGCCGGGUGCGAGGUCAGUGGUGUAUAAAUUCAGCUAGUUCAUAGGGUGUACCUGCGCUGUGCCUUGGCACCAAGUGAGAGAGCGUGUGCGCGUGUGUGUGUGUGCGCGUGUGUGUGUGUGUGUUGUCACCACCCCAUCUGUAAGUAAACCAAAUAUCAUUUUCACUAUGCAGUCAUUCAAACUAUGUCAGCUUGCUUCGAUGGGAAAAAAAGCCUCCUGUACAUACAGAUUAACGGAUAAACUGGAGUUAGCGACAGUGUGUUUUCUUUUCGAGCCCCUCCCCCCUCCCACAGAGUAAAGACAGAGCAAGAGAUAUGUUUUGAAUGAGCUGACAAAUAUUUAAGGAUUGUAUUGGGGUCGGGGAGGGAUGCGGGUUUGACUCGGGUUUGUAGUGUGGGGGAGAUAAAGAUCAAUGCUGUAAAGUAUAUCAAUUGCAUGUUAUUGUCACCGCUGUAACUGCCAUUGUUUUGUUUUUGUUUUUGUUUUGUUUUUUUCUUCCAAGACAACGGUCGGUUGGGGCGGGGAUGCACAAAACUUUAUCUUUAUUUAUGAUUUUUACACAUGUAGUCUGUAUUUUUGUUUUUGCAAAAAAUGUUGAAUUUAUUGUGUUCUUAGGAAAAGACACACUUUUUUGCCUUUUUUUUUUUUUUUUAGUUCUCUGUCAACUUUGCAAUAUAUGUUUUCACUUGGACCCCUAACUAGUUGUCUAGGAGGAGGAAGAGCUGUAUCUUCAUUAGCAGACAGUGUUUUGUUAGAAAAAUGUCCUGUUUCCCCUCAUCCAUGUGCUGUGUGUCUUUAUUUUCAAUUAGCUGUGUGAGCGAGCGGAGAGUGUGUGAUGUUUAUUCGUCUACCAAAAGUCUUUAUUGAUGGUGAUUAUUAUUAUUAUUAUAUUAUUAGCUUUUAUUUUUGUCCAUUGUUUUGUUUUUUAUUAUGAUUACAAUGAUUACUGUUUUUAUUAUUACUAUUUUGUCGUUAUUAUUAUUAUUAUUAUUAUUAUUAUUAUUAUUCAGGGCAAAGAUGACACCAAAUUGAACAAAGAAAUAAAUGGGUGAUCCCAGACAGACAGAGCUGAGAGCGUCUUUCUAAAGGUUUCUUUUACUGGCAAGGUGGAACAAUCGUUUUUCUCACCGUUACGCUGUAGUGUCUGUCCACCUUAUUUAAACCGCCACAUAAAGAUAACCUUUGAACUGAAAGUCUAAUAGUAUUUUUUUUUUAUCAUUAUUAUUAUUAUUAUAUAUUGUUUUCCUUUGAUCAGAUAUCAUGAUCGAUUUAUUUGUUGUUACCCCAGUUUGGGUCAUAAAUUGUGUGCUGUUAUUUUAUUCUUUUUCCCCCCUCUUCAUCCCUGCCCACUGCUUUUGGAUUUUAUUUUAUUUUAUGAUUAUUAUUUUUUAUUUGUUCUGGUUUGUCUGAUGCUGUAGUAUUGAGCUGAUUGGUCUAAUACCAGAGCUUUUUUUGUCCCUAAUGCUGAGACUGUUGUGACUGAUGUUGCACUUGUGAUGGGUUUUAUUUUGUUUUUGUUUUGUUUUGUGUUGCAGAUUUGGGAUUGUUGUGCAGAGAGGAGAAUAUUGGGUGUUUUCCUUAUUUUCUUAAAGUCACAGCAGUUAUUUUAUCAAUCAUAUAGAUCUGUGACACAGAGCAAGAAAAUGAUUCAACAGUGUAUUUGUUUCACUGAUAUUUAUUUAUUGGUCAUUUGUAUGUUUUUUUUUUGGUUUGUUUUGUUUUUUUUUUUUGUGUAUUGCUUUUUUGUGGAGGGCAAAGCGGACUCAAGGUAGUGGAAUAGUCUCUCAUUGGCAUUUUACCAUUGUGUACAGAAAGCAAAUUGUUGUAAUCAACCAUCACACUAACAUACAGUCUAUAAAGUAACAGAUUAACAGGUUAAAAUAGAAACCUGCAGCACAGUAAAGUGCACUGUUUCUGGCUUUACUGUGACUGUCAGACUUACUGAUUUCCAUUAUUACCCCCUCAGACAGCCCUACACAAACAAACUUCAUGGUUUAAAGCCACAGCAUGGUGUAUUUGAACUCUAGUGCUUUGCUAAUAACUCACAGUUAAAGCUUGAAUUGUUUGAAACUUGGAUGGUUUGUAAUCAGUAAGUACUGAAUGCCGGCUACAAAGCAGACUAGAUUUGUUUUUUCUAAGUUUUAGGUAUUUGAGCUGAUGAUAACUACUCUGAUAGUGGACUGAUUGGCUUGUUAUUAACCUGCACUCCCUAUUAGCGAGGUGGGACACGCCUGCUUCGAAGCAUCAUUGAGGUUUGCUGCUUGGUUUUUCUAAAAACGCAGAUCUCGGUCUAGAUUGCAUGAGUUUGCUAGUUUGCAGGGUGGGGGGAGGAUUGACUUCAGUCACCGCUGUUGCAGUUCAAAGGCUUCUUGUAUGUACGACAUCACAGAUAUAUUGUCUUGACAGUUGUAUCAAUCGACACAGCUUUACUGCCUGUUUCUUUAAUUUUUUUUGUUUUGUUUUGUUUUUGGCUGUAUUUUAUUUCCCCCCAAGUCUCAUUUCAAACAGAAUAAAUGCCAUUAUAUUGUGAAUACCUCAGGAUUUUUUUGGAGAAAAAAAAUAAUAAAACACUUAAAAAUCAAAUAAAUAAAUAAAUAAAAACUCAUAAAAAUG